AUGAUUCAUUUUAUAUUUCUAAUGCUUGGAUUUCUUCUAAUGCUGUACCAGUUAAUAAACUCUAAAACAAAGGGAAAGCAGAUUCCUGGCCCAAAAGGUUUACCUAUAUUCGGAUGUUCCUUUUAUUUGAGUGCAGAAAACACUCAUGUCAAAUAUGCAGAAUUCGCAAAGAGUUAUGGAGAUAUAUGUGAAGUUCAACUGCUGAAAAACAAUGUGAUUUUACUGAAUUCAAGUGACUUAAUUAAUGCGAUUUCGGAAGAUAAAUACAAACAAUACUUGAAUGAUAGACCAGAAACUUUCUAUGGUGAAAACAUUCUCUUUGGUUCACAAAGCACUGCAUUCUACAAGGACGGUUACUGUCAUACUCACGAUAAUCUGCGAAAAGGGUUUGCCAGGGCGGUUUAUGCGUUUGAACAUGGACAUUGUUCAUCAUUUGACGCUGAUCUUAAGACGCUGAUAGAGGAUGAUCUGGCAAAAGACAUUAAACUUCAUGCAGGGACGGCUUUCGAAUUCACAAGCAUGAUACAAAAAUCAUUGACAAGAGUUCUCGCAUUUGUGUUGACUGGUGAGAUUUGUAACGAUAACGACGAUGGUUUGGUAGCAAUAAUUGAGUACACGGAUAUGGUGAACAUAAUGGUGAAUCCUAGCAUAAACAACAUGUUGACUUCAUUUCCGUUUCUACACAAGAUUCCGGGACCUUAUGCAUCCUACCUAGCCACAAUAUUGAGAGCAAAGCACGUCAUUGUCCAAAGGUUUUUUAUACAUCAAAAGGAAAGCUAUACACCUGGAACUAUUCGAGGAUUUGUAGAUUUUUACAUCAAGCAACAAAACGAAGAUCUAGAAUCUGGAAAGGAAAUAUUCUUCACAGAUGAAAAAAUAAUUUGCCAGAUACUUGAGCUAUGCGCUUCCGUUAUGCUGACAACGUGGGGAGCUAUAGUCAAUACAUUUCUGUGCUUAGUUAACCAUCCGGAAUACCAAGAUAAGAUAUUUGAGGAACUGAGCAAUGUAGCGUGUUAUAAUAAGAGCUUAGAGUAUGGUGACAAGGCAAAAUGUCCAACAUUAGAGGCAGUUGAGAUGGAAGUUCAUAGAUAUGUUACCGGAUUUCCAUUAUUGUUACCUCGAAGUAAUAAACACCAUCUAAUGUUUGAAGGGUACAACUUACCGAAGGACAGUAUUUUGGUAGGAAAUGUUUGGUAUAUACAUCAUGAUGAGAAGAUAUGGGGCGAUCCUUGGAACUUCAGACCAGAGCGAUGGCUUAACGGUCAAGGAUUCUUAAUUUCUAGUGAUCAUGUUCUUAGAAAGAAGUAA